AGUGUUUUGUAGAGGGCGCUGUUUCUGGUGUUGCUCACUAAUUCUCGUCAUGAGUCGAGUGGGUGUUCACAAACCCGACAAUACCGAAACUGAACAGAGAGACUUCACAACAAAUCAGCGUCACAUGGAGCCUUCCAAUUUACAGAAAGCUAUAGCCAUAGCCAACAAAGCUUCACAAGAGGACCAGGCUGGAAACUAUGAGGAGGCUGUUAAAUCUUAUCAACAUGCGGUGAAAUAUUUUCUGCAUAUAAUAAAACGUGAACCACAGGGUAAGGAGGGCAAUCAGAAGAUCAGAGAUAAGUGUAAGCAGUAUCUGGACAGAGCCGAAGAGCUCCAAGACUGUCUUGAUAAGAAAGAGAAAGCUAUAGAUCUGGCCAGUAAGGCAGCUCAGGAGGACAAGGCUGAAAACUACGAAGAGGCCCUGCGUCUAUAUCAGCAUGCUGUUCAAUAUUUUCUGCAUGUUGUCAAAUAUGAAGCACAGGGUGAUAAGGCCAAACAAAGCAUUCGGGCCAAAUGUGCUGAAUAUUUAGACCGGGCUGAGAAGCUGAAAGAGUUCUUGAAGAAGAAAGAGAAAGCCCCAGCGAAACCAGUGAAGGAGUCGCAGUCCAGUGACAAAGGGAAUGAGAGUGAUGGAGAAGAAGACCCAGAAAAAAAGAAAUUUCAGAAUCAACUUUCAGGAGCAAUUGUCAUGGAGAAGCCGAAUAUUAAAUGGAACGAUGUUGCCGGGUUAGAGGGGGCCAAAGAGGCUUUGAAAGAAGCCGUCAUUCUGCCAAUCAAAUUCCCACAUCUCUUCACAGGUAAAAGAACUCCCUGGAGGGGCAUCCUUCUCUUCGGGCCUCCUGGAACGGGUAAAUCUUACCUGGCCAAAGCAGUCGCGACAGAAGCCAACAACUCCACCUUUUUUUCCAUCUCCUCCUCUGAUCUGGUCUCUAAAUGGCUGGGAGAGAGUGAAAAGCUGGUGAAGAAUUUGUUCACUUUGGCCCGAGAGCACAAGCCCUCUAUUAUCUUCAUCGAUGAGAUAGAUUCACUCUGCGGCUCCAGGAGCGAGAAUGAAAGCGAAGCGGCUCGCAGAAUCAAGACCGAGUUUCUGGUUCAGAUGCAAGGUGUUGGUAAUGACAAUGAAGGGAUCCUGGUGCUGGGAGCCACAAACAUCCCCUGGACGCUGGACUCUGCCAUCAGAAGACGAUUUGAGAAACGUAUCUACAUUCCUCUGCCAGAAGAGCACGCUCGCGGAUUCAUGUUCAAGCUGAAUCUGGGCAGCACACCGAACAGUCUCACCGAAUCAGACUUCAUGACUCUGGGCAAGAAGACGCACGGUUACUCUGGAGCUGACGUCAGCGUCAUCGUCAGAGACGCCCUCAUGCAGCCCGUCAGGAAGGUUCAGUCCGCCACACACUUCAAACGGGUACGAGGAUCAUCAAGGAAUGACCCGAAUGUCAUAGUCGAUGACCUCUUAACCCCUUGCUCCCCAGGUGAUCCACAGGCUGUAGAAAUGACAUGGAUGGACGUCCCUGGAGAGAAACUUUUGGAGCCAAUCGUUUCCAUGUCGGACAUGCUGAGGUCUCUCGCCAACACAAAGCCCACCGUCAACGAGCAGGAUCUGGAGAAGCUGAAAAAGUUCACAGAGGACUUUGGACAGGAGGGCUGAACAGAGCCGGUCUCCCCAAACCAAAGCACACAGAUUGGGAUUGUAACGUCUUCUCUCUUGCCCUUCACACGCCCCUUUCUUCCUUCCGAACCCAUGCUCUUCCUCUGACCCACGAGCCCCCUCAGCUCAGGCUAAAGCCUAGAUGUAAUUUGAAAUGUGUAUCUCUUCACGCCCACCUCAGUUUUUCUUCACAUCUUAAUAAUAGCUGCUCCGCCUGCAGUACCUAGUGACCAUCAUGCAUCUUUUAUCAUUAAUAAGCGGUCUUAAUAAUAAUUAUCUGUGCUUUUUAUGAUCAACACAGUCAGCAGGACCUACAACAGAUGUGCUGUAAAUCAAUAAGCAAUUUAAAUUCGUUCCUUUAUGCGGUGACUAAGCAUCUGAAGUAAUACUAAUGUCAGUUUUGCUUACAGUCACAUAAAUCUGAAUGGACAAAAGUUACGUUUUGACGACACGUGAAGAUUUUCCAGCUUUGUUUUGUGGGAGAUGAACCAUUUAAAUGGCUCUUGUUUGUUGUUGCAAAGACCUCUUUGGGUGCAGGUGUAGACUUUGCAGGUGUUUUCCUCCUCGUUUGAGAAAGUCAUGCUUUGAAUCUGUGCAUUGGCAUUUGACACAACACUUAGAGAUCUGCAUUUAACAAUUCAGGCGCUCAUAUACUACAUAUGGUUUUGUCUCCACGUACAUUGUUACUUUCAGUAUAUUACUGUAAAAUGUGCUGUUCCUUCACUGAGAUAUGAGUUACAUUAUGUGUUCAAGGGGCCGAUGUUGGACAUUCGUUAUAAGUUCACUUGCUGAGGCUCAGCACACAGUGUGCCUUCUUCACAUCGUCUGUCUCUCUCUCAAUCCGCACACACAUAGAUGCACAAAUACUGAUGCUUGUAGAUGGCUAUAUAACUGUUUUUAUAAGCAGAAGGUUUGGGAAUGAUUGGAUGAUAUUUGCACAUUUCAUAAAAUUUUUUUCAAACACAUAUAUCAAUCUGUAUGCAGCCCCUAUGCAUUCAUAGGGUGUUUGGUUUGCCAUUUAAAAACCUAUAAGACAUUGUACUAUUAGAAUAACAAUAUAGAAAAAAUAUAUUUGGUUUGUUUUAAGGAUGUCUUGUUAAACAGAUGGUUUCCAGACAGUUUAAAAGUGGUGUAUCUCGUGCAUUUUAAUAUCCACGUGUAAAUAAAGGUUGAAAUGAAACUAA